AUGGUUGACAAAAAACGAAAACGUGAAGAUCAGUUGGACGUGUCAACGGAAAUAUCAUUGGAAGAUGAUGAUUUGCAGAAUGAAGAUAAAGAUGAUAAAGAUGAUCAAUCAACAACAUUCGAAAAUAUUAAUAAAGGCUCCGAAGUUGAAGAAGUGAACCCUGAAAAUAUUAAUAUUAACUCUGAUUUACACCGAGAAUUAUCCAAUGUUAAGGCACAUAAUUUAUCAUUAUGGAGUAGUAAUGCGAUGCUACAUGUAUUGUCAACCACUGAAUUGAAUGACACAACAAUGGAUCAAGCACCACAUGAAUCACCAAAUGCUGAAUUGAAUGACACAACAAUGGAUCAAGCGCCACAUGAAUCACCAAAUGCUGAAUUGAAUGUUAUGACAAUGAUUCAGAAGUCAACAUGGUGUUUAUGUUGCAAUUAUAAUUCAUGUAAUUGCCGCCCUAUAAUACAUUCUACUUUCUGUUUUAAAUGUGGAAAUUAUAAAUGUAAAAAUAAUAAAUAUGGUUAUAAAAGAUAUGGACGUCAUAUCUAUAAAGAUAGAAAAUUAGCUGACCCUAAAAGUGAAAUUAGUCAUUCAGAUAUCAAAUCGUCAUUAGAAAAAUUUCAAAAUUAUAAUAUAUCAAGAAAAGUUCAUUGUUCAUCAACAGAAGUGAUGUGUCUCUGCAAUAAUUAUGCUAAUGAAAGAAUUUUUGUUUAUAACAAUAAUAUCAAAGGGUGGAAUUGUAAAGAUUGUAAAUUUAUCAUAAAAGAUGAUUGUUUACCACCAAAGGAUUUAUUUAAGUGUUGGUGUAACUUUUUUGAACAGAAUGAUAGAGUUUUUGACUUUGACUAUCAAUUAAGAGAAUGGAUUUGUAGAGAUUGUCGAUAUAAUAUUAAGAUUUUACAUAAAUAA